GGUGCUGGAAGAGAGAAGGAAAAGAUACUCUGGAGAGAGAGGAUGUCCCUACAAUCCAUUCAUCAGUCUAUCCGUCGGCUCUCUGCAUGUUAAUUCCUUUGUUUCGGACAGUUUUGUUUUUCAACCGGGGACCAUGUGAAGUUGUCUGGAAGAGCGGUGGAAAAGUCUCGCAUUACUUUCCGGAAAUAGAGGGAAAAGCAUGGAAGAGAGAAGUGGAGGAUAGAAGUUAUAGAAAUAAGACCAAAGCCCUGGAAAGUGAGGUGUUGAAGAAUGACAGGACUUACAUGGGACCCCUUGUGCACAGAAGUGACGUCUGACAUCCGGGAUAAAAACAUUGCCCAUUCUUUCAUAUGCGGGGAUACCCAGCUCAGCUGACAUCAAACCAGCCAUUUAGACUUUUUUUUUUUUUUUUGUUCAACAUCCAGCAACUUUCUCUUCAAAUCAGUAUGCCUCUUAAAACCUUUAAAAUAUGACACAUCUGCAGCAGUAGGUGGAACGAUGCAGAUUGCAACAGCUGCAUGGAUGAGCUGUUGUGGCUUGGGAAACGCUGGGAAUGCCAUCACAUUGGGCAGAAGUGGGCCACGCAGAAGGAGGCUGAUGAUGCUGAUGUGGAUUAUCCUCUCUGGCUCACUGUGCCUGGUGGUUGACGGCCAGAUGAAGAUCCCACCAGAAACUGUGCAGCAGUGGGCUGCGUCCUUCGGAAAAGAGAUCGCUGCUUUGUCCAAUAGAUAUUCUGGAGCUAAACUUUUGCAGAAGAAAUACAAGGAUGUGGAGGGCGUGGUGAAGAUGGAGGAGGUGAACGGUGAAGAGCUGGUAAAGAAGUUUGCGGAGGAAAUGGAGGAAAUGCUGGGAAGGAAAAUGAAAUCAGUGAAGAGAUUAGCAGAAGCAGCAGAAGAUGCUGAUCUGGGGCAUGAAUACAACGAAACGCUAGAGUUUGACUACUUUAACUCCCUGUUGAUCAACACUGUGGAUGAGGAGGGCAAUCCAAUACCACUUGGUGGAGAAUUCCUCUUAGAGAAAAAUGAACAUUUCAAUAAACUUCCAGUUAGCACACAGCAGAGUAACAUCCAAGUUCCUACAAAUGUUUACAAUCGAGAUCCUGAUAUUCUAAAUGGGGUCUACAUGUCCGAGGCUCUGAAUGAUAUUUUUAUUGAUAACUUCCAGAAGGAUCCAACUCUCACUUGGCAAUAUUUUGGCAGUGCCACAGGCUUCUUCAGGCUCUACCCAGGAAUCCAGUGGAUUCCAGAUGAAAAUGGCGUGGUCACCUUUGACUGCAGAAACAGAAACUGGUACAUACAGGCCGCCACGUCUCCCAAAGACGUGAUAAUCGUGGUGGAUGUGAGCGGCAGCAUGAAGGGGCUGAGACUGACGAUAGCCAAGCACACAAUUAAUACCAUCCUAGACACUCUGGGAGAAAAUGACUUUGUAAACAUCAUAGCUUACAGUGACUAUGUUCGCUACGUGGAACCCUGUUUCAAGGGCAUGCUGGUACAAGCUGAUCUGGAUAACAGAGAGCACUUCAAGCUUUUGGUGGAUGAGCUUCAAGUCAGAGGAGAGGGCAAAGUAAAAAAGGCAAUGAAGGAGUCUUUUAAGGUCCUUAACGAGGCUGCUUCACUGGGGCAGGGCAGCCUGUGCAACCAGGCCAUCAUGCUGAUAACAGACGGCGCCAUGGAGGACUUCAAGGAUGUUUUCGAAGAGUUUAACUUUCCAGAACGUCGGGUUCGAGUGUUUACGUAUCUCAUUGGGCGCGAGAUGACGUUUGCUGAAAAUGUUAAAUGGAUCGCCUGCAACAACAAGGGUUAUUACACACACGUGUCCACACUGGCUGAUGUUCAGGAAAACGUCAUGGAAUAUCUCCACGUUCUCAGUCGGCCAAUGGUUAUCAACCAUGACCACGACAUCAUCUGGACAGAGGCCUACAUGGACAGUGUGCUUCCCAAUAAAGAUGAGCUGUUUAACACUCAUGCACAGAGUUUGCUUCUGAUGACCUCAGUCGCCAUGCCUGUUUUCAGUAAGAAGGAAGAAACUCUGUCUCACGGGAUUUUGCUGGGUGUGGUAGGAACAGAUGUGGCCUUAAGAGAACUGAUGAAAUUAGCUCCAAGAUACAAGCUGGGUAUCCAUGGUUACGCCUUCCUCAUCACCAAUAAUGGUUACAUCCUGUCUCAUCCAGAACUGCGGCCUCUGUAUAAAGAGGGAAAGAAACUGAAGCCUAAACCAAACUACAACAGUGUUGAUCUGUCAGAGGUUGAAUGGGAGGAUACUGAAGAGAAACUGAGGACAGCCAUGGUCAAAGGAGAAACCGGCACAAUGUCCUUAGAUGUGAGAUCUUCAGUGGACAAAGGAAGGAGAGUGAUCUUCUUGAAGAACGAUUAUUUUUACACCGUCAUAAAUGAGACGCCAUUCAGUCUUGGUAUAGUCUUGAGUAGAGGGUAUGGAGAGUACAUCUUCACAGGAAACGUCUCACUGGAUGAAGGUCUUCAUGACUUAAUCACUCCAGAUCUGACCUUAGCCAAUGAGUGGACCUACUGUGAGAUAGAUAUCGACCCGGCACAUCGCAAACUGACCCAGCUGCAGGCUGUCAUAAAAUAUCUCACUGGGAAAGAAAAAGAUCUGCGCUGCGAUAGACAGUUAUUGCAACAGACUCUAUUUGAUGCUGUUGUUACAGCACCUAUGGAAGCGUACUGGACCGCUCUCAUGCUUAACACAUCUAGUAUGGAUGAUGGUGUGGAGACUGCUUUCUUGGGGACUCGUUCAGGCUUGCAGAGGUUCCUGAGGUACACGGGUGUUGAGAAAAGAGUUGGCAAGUCUUUCCUGACCUCCACAGAUAAAGAGAACAUGUUCACUCUGGACCAUUUCCCUGUGUGGUACCGCAGAGCAGCGGAGUAUCCAGUUGGACAGUUUCUGUACUACAUGCCCAGACAGGACACAAGAGCAGGAAGAAUUGUGAUUAGCGCCACUGCUGUGACUGUGACGGUGGGCAAGAAAACAGCCAUCGCUGGAGCUGUUGGGGUUCAGAUGACUCUGGAGGUGCUUGAAUCCAAAUUCAGGACCAUCGCUGCACAGCCGAAUGACACAGACUGCUCCUCCAUAGAGGGGGUUUGUCCUCUUCGCUGUGACAGCUUUGACAUCGAGUGCUACGUGAUUGACAAUAAUGGCUUUGUCCUAAUUUCUAAACAGCGCAGCGACGCGGGACGUUUCUUUGGCGAAACCGACGGAUCGGUGAUGACCACAUUGAUCCAAAUGGGCAUGUUUAAGAGGGUCUCAUUGUUUGACUACCAGGCCAUGUGUAAGACCAACCCUCACUCUGUCAGCAGCGCCCGCCCACUUCUCAGCUCAUUCUAUGCUUUGGCUUCAACUUUGAAGUGGUUCCUCUCUAACGUCCUUCUGUUUCUACUGGAGUUCAAUUUCUGCAGCUUCUGGCACUCGGAGCAUUUUGCUGACGCUAAACCAUCCUUCAGCCGCUCUUAUGUUCCCAAGAAAAAAUGGAACGUCUUGCAGCCAUGUGACACCGAGUACCCGAGCUUCAUUUACGAGCCGUCAGUCAAGGAGACCAACAGCAUUAUUAAGUGCGGACGGUGCCAGAAAAUGUUUGUAGUUCAACAAAUACCUGAAAGCAACCUGCUGAUGCUGGUGGUACAAGGAGACUGUGACUGCUCCAGGCAGUACCCACCCAUCACCCUGGUGCCCAAAGAAGUCAAAUAUAUCCUUUGUGUGAUUUUAUAUCAACAUUUUUUUUUUUUUAUUAAAUAAAAAAGUGUUGCCUAAAAACUGGUCAGCCCCAAACUACCACAAGUUUAAAUUGUAAUAGGUUUGCUCCUAAUUUUAAUAAUUCCACAGAGGAAUCUAUUAGUAUAAUAACAUCUCGCAUAAAUCUGAAGUUUGAAGCGUUUGCUGUCAUUUUAUCAUAUUUUCCUGAGUCACGUAGCACAUAACGCAUCAGUUAAGUGCGACAGGAUGAGGUCCCAGAAGGUCCGGAGACGUCCUGAGUCCUGCCACUCCUACCACCCACAGGAGAACGCUAAUGACUGCGGCGGCGCGUCUUUUAUACGUCUCUCAGGCCCUCUCCUUCUCCUCUGCCUCUCCCGCGCUGCGCUUGUUUCCUGAUGCCAGAAUCGUUUCUCUCUUUUUUUUUUUUUUUUUUUUUUUUUUUUUAACAAACACGACUCUAAAAGAACAAGACAGGUUUGCACACAAAUCACCUCAAGUGGACUUCUUUGGAAGCAGAUUCUACAUGUUUAUCUGCAGACUGCAAACCCUGUGGACAUUUUAUACGAAUCAUGAACACAUAACUCCUAAAAGCUAAAGCAAAUGUAACGCUGGAAAAAUAAUGUUUGAUAUUCAGGAGAAACUAACUUAAGUAGGGAAUCUCCAUUUGGGUUCAGAACAAAUAGUAAUAGAUAUUAAUGUAUCAUAAAGGUUACGAUGCAAAUUAGCUGUAUUAGGUGUAUUGGGGUUCUUUAACAGACAUUUCCACUCUCAAAUAUGUAGUUUACUUAUUGAUGCUGCUAUGGCUAAACAGGCCUUUAAAACUGAAGUGCUACUGAGGUUUUUCUGCAAUUCAUUAUGAUCUAAUAGCAAAUUAUUUCAAAUACAGCUUAAUAGUAUACAAUCACAACCAAGGAUCAUUCACACUCCAACCACUAGAAGGCAGCAAAGAGCUCCCAAUACUCUUUGGUAUGUGUCAAAUACGCAUUGGUAAUCGUGAGACCAGAAGAUGUUUGAAGUAAAUUUGGGAUCAUUGUUUUUUUUAGAAAAGUUAGAAACGAACAAGGGGAAAAAAGCAAACAAAAUUCAGCUGAACAUUGCAGAAAUAAAUGCUUAUUCUGCAUGUUGAUGGAAGCAUGUGCAUUUCCUGUAUGUGAACACAGAUUUAGCUUCUGGCUAUAUACUGAGGAUAAGAAGUAUGAGCGAUUUCUAAUUACCUUUUACUUUUGAUGAGCUGUGCCUUUCUGCUGUAUAUAAAUAUGAAAAAAAUACAUAUGCUGUAAGUUUUCCCCAGGAUGCAUCAACCUUUCCAAAUAUGUCCAAAUGUAAGUCUAACAGAAAGUAAAACAAAAUAGUUUUUAAGUUUCAUUGUAAUCUUUAGUGUCUGUAGGUAUUGGUGUGUUUUAAUUAAUUUUACAAAAUCAUUUUGGUUGAACUGACGGGUCACUGUCCAUUUGAAACACUCUGGGUGGUUUUGCCUCACAGUAAUAUAUUUUUGGUAAAGAGUUUACUUACUGUAAUCAUUUGUCUUUGUUUAUAAUGCCCUUUGAACAUUAAUCUGUAAAUGAAAUUGUGAGCGACACCAACUUAAGUCAUGUUUUGUACACUGUUAAGUAAAUUAAAUCCAUGUGUUUUUUUCUAUCGGUUUGCUGUUGUUGUUUUUUUUUUCUUCUUUUCUUCAUUUGUCUGUCACAAAUAGCAUUGCUUGCAUUCAGGACCAUAAGAAGAAGGAGAACUUCCAAACUCCAUGCAGAAAGAUUUGACUGGGAAUCGGACCCUGGACCUCUUCCAGAAGUUCUAAAUGUGAAGUACGCUGGCAAACCUGGAGGAUGGUAAAACAACUUACUAUGAUUAUGGAGUUGCAGGUAAGUAUGCUGUUUCAAACAUUUACAUUCUAUGGCUUAAUAUUUUGCAUCAUAGUGCAAAAUAUGCACUAUUUUGGCAUAUCACUUGGCCUCAUUUUCGAUGUCAGUCAUUUUUUGGACUUUUUCGACAUCAUUGCCAGCAGUAAGUCAGGCUCGUUUCUGGUGAGUUACUUUUAUUUGCGUUUUCCUCUUCCCCUGUUGUAGACGAAAACACUACAAUAACGCUUAUGCUUCUUGGAACAAUUAGUAAUCUAGUACAAAAUUUCCUGAAGCAUUUCUCUUUUCUUGCUAGUAAAGUUAAGUCCCUUUUAGUCUCCAUUUGAGCAAGAAAACAUACGCAUUUAACUGGAAUAGUGUAUUUAAUGUGACGUUUACCGAAAGUGAUAAAGUGUAAAGCACAACUGGCUGUUCAGGCUCACACAUGUUACUGCAGUAAAUGGGUUCAACAUUGUGCUAUUACCGUUUUACAUUCAGGGUAAGAGACAGUAAAGUCUCUGUCACAGCAAUGCCAAAACUCUUCCAUUUUUGCUCCAUAAAAGUAAAUACACACGACCGAAAUUCUUCAAAAUGGGGAAAAAAAAACUGUUGAGAGGAUAUGCAGCUUUGAUGUUUUCACAGCACAAAAAAAAGAGAAAAAAUAGCUGAAGCUGCAACAAAAGCACUUUGCAGUUGAGCCCAGCUCAACUUCAGCAUGUUUUUC